CAGUGUAUUUCCUCCCCUUCUUUAUCUAAAGGAAGUGCCAAAAUAAGCAUCGGCAGCGCAGCGCCCAGGCUCGGACACCUCCACACUGGCCACUCUGCUCCAGUCUGUGGGAGAAGUUAGAGGCGUUCGAGUCACCAUGAAGUCCAUCAGGGUCGUCGUGCUGCUCCUGUUAGCAUCCAUCCACGUCUUCACUCCAGUUUCAUCAACUACUAUCGCUCCAGGAGCCCAACAACCAGCAACACGACCACCUGCAGCACAAACAGAAAAGCCAGGAGCAGCAGCCCCGGCCACUGCUAAUCCAGCAGCACCAGCAGCAUCAGCUACACCAGAGGCACCAGUUACACAAGCAGCACCAGCUACACAAGCAGCACCAGCAGCACCAACAUCAGCCCGUGUCACUGGUCCUGUUCUUCACAAUGCUGAUAACACCACUUCUGACAAAAUGUCUAAGCCAUCAGCCUCGACCGUGAAGCCGACCACACCUGCAGUGGUAUCUACAGACCAGCGGACCACCGCACCCUCACCUGUCACCCAAACAGCUCCAAAAACUGGAACUGGUCCUUUGGUACCACGAAGUCCUCAGCCUUCGAACACAGGAACCAGUCCUGAGACCGUGAACAAGUCAAGUGACGAUAGAGGACCUGAUGAAAGCACUGAAAAACCCAAACAAGGUACACCUUCUCUUCCCUCAGAACCACAUCAGGCCGUUCCACCUUCGGGAGCGACAAAACAAGACCGUGCUGGUUCCAUGACGGGCAGUGAUGAGAAAACACCUCCCAAAUCAGACAAAAGGCUGUGGUGGAUUGUGUUGCCUGUCCUCCUGGUUACAGCUGCUGCCAUCAUUGUGUUCAAAUUCAAAUGCAAGAAAGUCCACGACCACACAGAAACCAUUGACACUGGAACUGAGAACGCAUCUUUCCAGAGCCGACCAGAAAGCACCAAAGAUGGCGUCAUGCUGCUGGGAGUGAAGUCGUCAAGCGGAGAGGAAAAUGCUGCUGCCAGAUAAAAACGACCAGAAGCAACAUGAAGGUCGGCGAGUGGAUGAAGCACGCUGAUGUUCUGAAGGACGCUAGGUGUUUUUUUUUUAAUGUUAUUUUUAAUUUUGUGAAAUAUUGCGUGAAGCAGGAAAGUGUAUUCUCACUACUGGAAGCAGUUUUAAGGAAGGUGUCUGACUGUGAUCAUAAAUCUUUGAAUAAGCAAACUUCAGCUCAGAGGGCUGCAGAGCUCUUAGUUCAGGCUGAUGAUGAUUUGUUUUCUGUACAGUCUUGUUUUGUUUCCAUAUCGGGCCUCAAACUUGUGUUCUGUACCGUGCACUGACCUCAGAUCCAUCACAGAAAUCACUGCUGAUUUCACGGCUCUAUAAUCGCCCUGUGGUUGUGUUGUCAGCCAUCAUUUAUUUGUUUGUAGAUUGUCACAGUAACUGAUUUUUUAUUCCGUUUCACCACCAACAAUAGUCCCUCUUUCAGAUUUAAACCGGGUUUCUCUUUGCGUCUGUACAUUCACCAGGGAUGUUGUUGUGCAAAAAUAUGUUUUUUUUUUAGUAAAUAUAACAUUCAAGCACAGGUAGGAGGUCGAGCAGAUGCAGAGGAUUGUAUUUAAAGGGCUGCUUUGUGCUUCAUGGCUGGAAUUUGUUGCUGUCAACCUCAAUUUCCUCAAUAAACCACGAGAAAAUGC